AUGACCAAAACGUUGGAAGCGGUGGGCGGAAAGGGAGGCACUAAAUGGGACCAUGGAUCCGACCAUGAUGGUGUUGCAAAGGUUUAUGUACGAGGUGGUCCUCACGGCAUUCUGAACAUCCAGCUCGAAUAUGUCAAGAAUGGACAACUGAAAGGUGGAGAUCUCUAUAAUGAAUGGGAGAGAGGUUUCACACAGACGUUUGAGAUAAAUUAUCUUAGUAACGAACAUCUUGAAUCUGUUGAGGUUUACUACGAUGCCAAAUCCACAUUCAUUCAAGGACUUCAGUUCAAAACCAGUUUCAGGGUUUCUGAACUAAUUGGAUAUGACAAUGGUACCAAGUUUUCACUUGAACUCAAGGGAAAUAAAAUCGUUGGGUUUUAUGGUUCUAGUACAGGCUCAGGCUGCGUCUCUCUUGGAGCAUAUGUCACAUGGAUUCAACCUACUAGAUUGGAAGCCAAAGGUAGCAAUGCAGGCAAGCAAUGGGAUGAUGGAGCCGACCAUGAUGGUGUAACAAAGAUUCAUGUACGAGGUGAUCGUGAAGGCAUUCAGAGCAUCAAGGUGGGUUAUUUAAAGAGUGGACAACAAAAAGAUGGAUCACUCCACGGUCUCCCAGGCGGAGGUUUUACGCAGCCGUUUGAGAUUAACCGUCUCGUCAAUGAACAUCUGAUAUCUGUAGAGGGUUACUAUGACGCCACCUCUGGUGUCAUUCAAGCACUCCAAUUCAAAACUAACAUGAAGAAUUCCAAGCUGAUAGGAUAUGAGAUGGGUAAGAAGUUUUCACUUGCAGCUAAUGGACGAGAGAUCAUUGGGUUCCAUGGAUGUGCUGAUAAGAGCCUCAACUCUCUCGGAGCAUAUUUCACAACGGUUUCAGUUACUAAAUCGGAAAUCUACGGUGGUAUUGGAAGCACAUCUUGGGAUGAUGGGGUUUUCGACAGCAUAAGAAAGGUUUCUGUUAGUUUCGAUAAUAUUUAUGUAACGAGUAUCAGGUUCGUCUACAACAACCGAAACACAGUGGUAACACGUAUGCACGGGGUGGUUUCAAGACAAGAAGAAGAGUUUGAGCUUGACUAUCCAAAUGAACUUAUCACAUCUGUGGAAGGGACUCUCAGAAACUUUAAUGAGACCUCUACGAGGGUUACGUCAUUGACUUUCAAAACAUCAAAAGGAAGAACUUCUCCAACCAUUGGACACGUAUCGGAUAGCAAUCUUGCUAAAUUUACAUUGGAGAGAAAAGGUUGUGCUUUGGUAGGUUUCCAUGGUCGACAAGCUGGUGUUAGAAAUAUGAUUGCUAUUGGAGCAUAUUAUUAUCCCUUGCCUCCUCCUAAUAGUGCGGAAAACCUAAAAGGACAAGGCGGUAAUGGAGGAGCUUCAUGGGAAGAUGGUGUUUACGAUGGUGUUAGAAAGGUUUAUGUAGGAAUCAUUGACAAUUAUGUUGCAUAUCUCAAGUUUGUGUACGAGAAGAACACUCAUCUGGUUAUCGGAGACGAUCAUGGAAACAAAACACUCAGUGAAGUCGAAGAGUUCGGGCUUGAGCAUCCAAGGGAAUACAUCACAGCGGUAGAGGGUUAUUACGAUAAAGUAGCUGGAAGUGAGGUCGAAGUUAUAACCAUGCUUAGGUUUAAGACAAACAUACGAGCCGCUAUAUCAUUUGGAUGCGAAUCGACCUACAGCUUUGUACUCCAAAAAGAAGGAUACAAAAUCGUUGGAUUUCAUGGAAAAGCAAGCAACAUGAUUCAUCAGCUUGGGGUCCAUGUCAUCCCAAUUAGCCACUGA